CUGUUAACGCCCACCCUCGGGGUAGCAGACCAAGAACGAAACGGGCGCGACAUUUCAAUAUUAUUUGACCUCGUUCGUUCACGUUUUGUAUAGCACGAGCCGGACGCUGUGUUGGUGUGCAUGCAGCAGAAUGGGGCUGGCGAGACAUCUAACGGAGAACCAUCGGCGCUCUCCUUUCGAACACCUAGCCCGCUCCCCAUGGCUACAUCACGGGUAAGACGGUUUGCUCAGGAGGGGCGAGCGGUCCCUCAGCCAAGAGUGAUGGUGGUAUUUUCUCCGGCGAGCGAGACUGAUAACCAAGGGGAUGCUGCUAUGUCGAACACAGAGUGCGAGGGCGAGGAAUACAGAAAACCAGCCAUACCCGCCCCUAGCCUGAACCUGGGCAAACCUAUUCGCACAUUCAGCCCAGCACAGGAGUUUCCUGAGGUCGUCCCUCUAAAUGUGGGUGGAACACACUUCACCACUCGUCUGUCCACCCUGCAGCGCUACGAGGACACCAUGCUGGCCGCAAUGUUCAGUGGACGACAUCACAUCCCACGUGAUGCAGAAGGCCGUUUCUUUAUCGACCGGGAUGGGAAAUAUUUCGGAGAUAUUCUCAAUUUCCUGAGAGAGGGGGAGUUACCAAAAAGAGACAGAGUCCGCGCCGUGUAUAGAGAGGCCCAGUACUAUGCCCUCGGACCACUGCUGGAGAGCCUGGAGGAUACUCAGCCGCUUACUGGGGAGAAGGUCCGCCAGGCCUUCCUUGACCUCCUGCCUUACUACAGAGAGAACCUGGAGCGCAUAGUGGAGAUCGCCAAAUUGCGUGCCAUGCAGAGGAAGGCUCGUUUCGCCAAGCUCAAGGUGUGCGUCUACAAGGAGGAAAUGCCCAUCACCCCAUAUGAGCGACCGCUCUUCAACUCGCUGCGGUUCGAGCGCACGGAGAGCGAGGCCAAGCUAUUCGAGCACCACUGCGAGGUGGACGUGUCGUUCGGGCCAUGGGAGGCCGUGGCCGAUGUCUACGACCUGCUCCACUGCAUCGUCAGUGACCUGGGCGAGAGAGGCAUCACCGUGGACCAGCAAUGCAUCGGCGUGUGUGACAAGCACCUCAUCAACCACUACUACUGCAAGAGGCCUAUCUACGAAUUCAAGAUCACUUGGUGGUGAGAGAGAGAUUGAGGAGAGGAACUUGGCUCUUUACUCUUGAGGCUUUAGGUGUGCCUCUAUAAGCCGGACGUCAUCAGGGUCUGCACGCCCUCUGGACUCUGUGCAACGAAUUCUAGUAGCGCUACGCUUUAAGAGAGGAGCUGGCUGAUCUGUUUGUAUCUCCUCAUCAUCUAGUCUUUUAAAUGGCAAUAGCUAGCUUCCUUUUCCCUGGAGGAGUUGGGACAUUAGUAACAUUGUGUUUGGAAGCCCCUACAGUUUCAUUUAUCUUACUGUUUUCUGUUUGAUCUUUAAAACGGCUGUUUUAUCUUCCUCCAUUUGUUGUGGAUUACAGUGGUCAUCUGGAAAUCUGUGAUUGUGAAAUGGUAUCGCGUUAACCACAGAUGACUUUCUGAUCUGAUACACGUCUAUAUUGUGCAAUCUAUACAAUUAGUAGAUAAAUCAUUCCUAACUGGAUGCAAUCAAGAAAACUGAUUAAUUGCUUGUGUUUAUGUACAUUUAUAUUUUUGUAACCUGUUCUAUAUAUUCAUUUGGGUUGACAGGAGCGUCAUGCUAGAACUAUAAACCGCUUUGCUCAGUCUGUCUGUGCUAAGUGCAGUUAAAGGUAUUUUCACAUUUCGCCAAUUUCAGGGAAAAUACAUACCGGUAUGAAACAUUGAAUACAUACUGGUAUUAAAAUAUUGAGGGCUUUAAAAUGAAUUGUAUCCAUGGAUAGUAGAAUUAUAAUUUAAUUGCUCCCUGAACUCUGUUCUACCUCUAAAAUGUAUGGGACAAGAAAGAAUUAAGAGAUAAAUAUUUGUCCAAAAGGAGCUCAAUUCCCCCCCAAUGUCAGUCCAUUGCAUCAAUUUGCAAUAUAAAUACUGAAUGUAUAUCUCCAUAAAAACAACUUUCUGUUUUGAUUGUCAGUGUUUUUGUAUUUAUUGUUAUUUUUAGUUAAUUUAUUUUUGUGAUCUUUUCUCUACUGCAACAUAAUAUUAUUUUGCUGUUUUCCAUCUUACUGUAACAAUUUUGUCCAUUCCAUAUAUGUAAGUUUAUCAAAAAAAGAGGAAUUGUUAUGAACAAUUAUGAGUUAACCCGUAAUAAGGUUAUAAAAUAUGACACCACAGUUCAGUACUAUUUGUUCUCUAAAGUUACUGUAGAUGAACAACUCUCAGUAGACUGUUACUUACUGUUUUAUUGUAAACACAGUUUCUAAAAGGGGCAAAUUAAUAUUCAUUGACCAGACAUUAUUUCUCAAAGACCAUGAUCACUCUCGGAGAUUAUGAAACAUUUUUUUGUUCUCCAUUAAAAAGGGCUGUGGCUCUGUUCUGGCUUUUGACAAAUUGUUUUCAUUGUAUAGCAUUCAUAGGCCUUAUAGAUCUAGGUAUUGUCCUCACAGUUCCCUAUGCAGAAAAAAUAAGGUGUCUAUUUAAAUACUAUAUUAAUUUAAGAAAUCUUGCUCUCUUUCUUUCUCUCACUACCUUGAGUUUUUUUGUGAGGCUGUUAUGUUUGCUUAUGGUCAUAGUAUCUCCUCAAAUCUCAUCUCAUGCUGGCAUAUAGUUGAAUGUCUGUAACUGAUUGGAUGAAUGGUUUCUUUGUUCUAGUGAUAAACCAUUGAGAGUAUCAAAAGUAUCCUUCAGUGUGCAGGAAUGCCUUAGUUGCAUUGCAAUUGCAUUAUUUGUCGUAAUGCUGUCCUGUAUUAUUCUAAUAAGAACGUGUAUAUUUUGCAGUUUUUUUUUUAUUAAACAAAACACAAAUAGUUUG